AUGAAACAGUCAAUCAUAAGUGAAUUUUACAAUGGUCGCUCUGUUUUCGUAACGGGAGCAACGGGUUUUAUGGGCAAGGUGUUGGUGGAGAAGCUCUUACGGGCGUGUCCCGGUAUUGAACGCCUCUAUUUACUGAUGAGGACUUCGGGAGGCCAAACUGCCGAUUGUCGCCUUCAAGGACUCAUUCAGAAUCAGAUAUUCGACAAGAUCAGAGAACAGCAGCCGGAUGUGAUGGGAAAAAUCACAGCUGUGACAGGCGAUAUGACUUCACCGGGGCUGGAGUUAUCACCUUCUGAUUUACAAUUAUUAACAGAAAAUGUUUCGAUUGUCUUUCACUCUGCCGCUACCAUUAAAUUCAACGAAGAACUUAAAACCGCCAUUCGGAUGAAUGUUAAAGGUCCCUUGCAAUUAUUGGAAAUUUGCCGGCAAAUGAAACACCUUCAGGCUCUCGUGCACGUAUCAACGGCUUUCAGCAAUUUCGACAGUGAAGAAAUUAAAGAAGAUGUUUUUCGUGACGCUAAAGUUAACCCCGCAGAGUUGUUAGAAUUUAUUGAUUGCCUAGAUGAUGAUGGAGUCGAAAACAUGUCGAAACAAUUACUCGGUAAUUACCCUAAUACCUAUGCUUACACGAAAGCCUUAGCCGAGCAAUUGCUGAAGGAAAGAUGCGGAAGCAUUCCAAUGGUCAUCAUCAGGCCAUCCAUCGUUACUGCAGCUCAAAGUGAGCCUUAUCCGGGCUGGAUUGACAACACGAAUGGAGCAUCAGGGCCGAUUGCCGCCGUUGGUAAAGGUUUUUGUCGCAUUCUGAAAGUUAACGAAGACAUGCUCAGUGAUAUUAUACCUGUUGAUUGUGCCAUCAAUCUAAUGAUCGCACUCGCUUGGCAUACAGCAAAUCACAACCCGACUGGCGUUUCCGUUUACGCUUGUACUACUGGCCAUCUCAACCCCCUCACCUGGGGUCACGUGAAACGCUGGACGAUUGAAUCUUGGUUGAAAUUCCCCACCAAGGACAUGAUGUGGUAUCCGAAUGUCCGCUACACAACCAACGACAUUUCCCUCAAGAUCAACCAAACUAUGCUCCACGAUUUUCCUGCGUAUUUAAUGGAUUUUUAUAUGAAAGCGACGGGAAAACGAACCAAAUGGGUGCGGCUGUACUCCAAAGCCAGCAAAGCUUUUUCGAUUUAUGAUUUUUUUACGACGCAUCAAUGGCGAUUCAUUAGUAAAAAUCCUCUUCGGUUAAUGGAAGAAAUGUCUGUCGAGGACCGCGACCUUUUUGAUUUUGAUGUUCGCAAGAUUAAUUGGCAGAACUAUUUUGAAACUUACAUUUUAGGUCUACGGCUGUAUGUCCUUAAGGACGAUAUUAGCAGUCUCCCACUUGCAAAAAACAACCUCAACAGGUUGUACUGGAUACAAUUUAUGGGGCUUCUUCCCGUCUUUGUGGGCUGCAUCUUGCUAUUUUCUGCAAUCUUUUAUUAUAUGUAAUCGGUUUAUUUGUUCCAAAAAUUU